AUGGCUACCAAAUCUGGACGUGAUACAAUUUCUGGACCACGCCGGAAGUUAGCACUUGUAAUUGGCAUUGGCGAUUAUGAGAGUGGUGAAACAUUAUCUAAUACAGAAAAAGACGCUCGUGAUAUGUCAUCCAAGUUGAUUAGCAUUGGCUUUAGUUGUGAUGGACCAAAAUUAGAUUUGACACACAAAGAUAUGGAAAUCGCUCUAGUUGAAUUUAAGCACUCAAUAAAAGAAGGAGACUUGGUCUUGUUCUAUUUUGCUGGACAUGGAACACAAUGGGAGGAUCAAAAUUUUCUCAUACCAAAAGAUGAUGGCAACAUAGAGGCUACUAAUAUACACAAUCGAGCGAUUCUUGUACAAAAAAUUCUGGACGAUUUCAACGGUCGUGAUCCAUUUGCAACGAUAAUUCUCUUGGACUGUUGCAGAGUAUAUCACUUACGUAACCCUAAUUUGGUUAUAGCAACAGCACGUGCAAAGUAUCUAAAUCUUUCCAGGCCAACUGGUUUAAAACAAAUGAAUGGAAAAGCCGGAAUGUUGAUUGCAUUCGCCUGCGCACCUGGAACAAUAGCAAACGAUGGAACAAAUGAAAAAAAUGGUUUAUUUACAAAGCAUCUACUGGAACAUAUUGGAACUCCGAAUAAAGAUAUUCGAAUGGUAAUGGCUGCUGUCACUAGAGGGGUCAUGAUAGAGUCAAAAUUAAAUCAGAUGCCAUCUAUUACUGUGACAAUAUGGGAAGAAAAUUUAUGUUUAUUCGAACAAGAUUCAGGUAAAUAG